AUGCUGGAGACCCCGGAGGAAAUGCGGGUUGAGCUGGCCUACGAGAAGAUGAUGGAGAACGUCACCAAAGUCGACGAGCAGUCAAAGAUCUGUUUGCUCGGGCUGGUGUGCAUGCAAUACUACUUCGCGCACAUGCUCCUCUUCGAAGUGGGCAGUGUGGAGGCGGCGGCAGAAGCCUUCCGGAUGAUGGACGAGCAUUCAGGUGCUCUCCACCCCGACCUUUUCGACAAGGCGGCGGGCUACGGCAAGACGUGGCCGAUCACCGCGGAUUUGAUGGACAGCAUGAGGCGGGCCCUCCUCCGCGCAUCUGUCGGCGGAGGCCAUGGCGGCCCCAACCGACGGCGCCGCUUCAAGAGUGCCUUCGGCCUUCAUGACGAGGACUGGGCCAAGGUCUGGGGAGCCUGGCGGCCGGGCGGUGCUGGGCCCCAGCCUGGCAGCCGGCUGGAGGAGCCCUUCGGCGCCGCCAUGACGGGAGCCCCGCGGCCCAGCUUCCGGGUCUUCGUCUACGACCCGGACACCAUUCCAGGCUUGAGGACCCUGACCCGGGGCGGCUCCUUCUGCAAGCACAACCAGUGGGGCAUGGAGGUGGCGUUGCACGACUGGUUCCUGGCCUGCGCUCUUGCUCAGCAGAGCACUCGCGUUGUCGUCGUAGAGCAGGGUUCCGGCUCCUUCCAACAGCGAUGCCUCCAAGCGGGCCGAGGUUGCAGGGUUCGCCGGGUGGUCUGGCAGCAUCCUUCGACCAACUCUGCACUUACAUCGACAAGCCCGGGGGGUAAAAGACCCGCGAUUUCUCGCAGGGUACGGGAGAGGCGUAAAGUUUCUCGGAACCCCACAAGCCAUGGAACCAACCCCAUGGUUCUGACCUCGAAGCUUAGAAACUCGACUUCGCCCGCGGAGUUGCUGUCGCUCUUGGAGAAGGAGGUGGACGCUGCGGUCUUCAAUGACUUCCACAUGUCAGCCACCUUCACUCGCUUGGCCUUUUUCAAGAGAAGUCGCAGGCUGUCUGCAAUUGAUGCCCGAAGCCCUGUGUGGCCCAGACUCACUGCCAGGUUGCAGGUGAUGCUCAAGACAGACAUGAUCUCACCACGUGCAGUUGCCAACGUACUCUGGGCCCUUGUUGAGAUCUACCAAGACAUCAACAUGCACGUGGCGAGUGCAGUGCCAGCUCUUGUGCGCUGUGUGCGGAACAAGGCAGCAGACAUGAACGAGUUUGACUUGUCAAACAGCCUCUGGGCUGUCGCAAGUUUGCAUGAGUCAGAGCCCGAGGUCCUGAUGGCAGUGCCUGUCAUUGCAGAGCGCAUACCGCAGAAAGCGGCCAGUAUGGUUCCGCAGGCCCUGUCGAACUGUCUGUGGGCAGCCGAGUAUCUGCGAGAUGCAGCACCUGCCGUCCUGACGGCUGUGCCUGCAAUUGCAGAGUGCAUACUGCAGAAAGUGAAGGACUUUGAUCCACAAGGGGUGUCCAACAUCCUGUGGGCAUCUGCGAAUCUGCAAGAGGCAGCGCCUGCUGUCCUGGUGGCCGUACCCGUCAUCGCGGAGGUCGUGCCGCACAAGGUCGAGAGCAUGAAGCCUCAAGAGAUUGCAAACAGCUUUUGGGCUGUGGCGAAUCUGCAAAAGGCAGCGCCUGCUGUCCUGAUGGCUGUGCCCUCCAUCGCAGAGCGCAUACCACAGAAGGCAGAGAGCAUGAAUCCUCAGGAGUUGUCCAACAGUCUGUUGGCAGCAGCGAAGCUGCAAGAGGUAGCCCCCACUGCCUUGACAGCUGUUCUGGCGAUUGCAGAGCGCAUACCGGAGAAGGCAGAUGGCAUGAUUCCUCAGCACUUGUCGAACAUCAUCUGGGCAGCUGCAAAAUUGCAAAAGACAGCCCCUGCUGUCUUGAUGGCCGUGCCCGCCAUCGUCAAGCGCAUACCGCAAAAGGUGGAGAGCAUGAUUCCUCAGCACUUGUCGAACAUCUUGUGGGCGGCUGCAAAUCUGCAAGAGGCAGUCCCUGCUGUCCUGACGGCUGUGCCUGCCAUUGCGGAGAGCAUACCGCAGAAGGAGGAGAGCAUGAUUCCCCUGCAAUUGUCGAACAUCUUGUGGGCAGCUGCGAACCUGCAAGAAGCAGCGCCUGCUGUCCUGACAGUUGUUCCUGCCAUCGUGGAGCGAAUAUCACAGAAGGUGGAGAGCUUUAAUCCACAAGAUCUGUCCAACAUUCUGUGGGCAAUAGCAAAGCUCGAAGAUGCCGCACCUUGUGCUCUGAGCGCGGUUCCGCCCAUCAUCGCCCAGGCUUCUCAGGAAAUCACCAGCAUGAACAUUCAAGGUUUGCGGAUGUCUUCGUGGGCAGCAAACCAGCUUGGCGAGGAGGACUUGGAAGCCAAGCUGAAGGCAGAGCUUGCACGACGUAAAGGCCGAAGAAGGGAGGAGGAGUCGAUGGAGGCGUCCAGGGUCGGCUGUGGCCGCAGCGGCUGUGCGCACGAGGCGGACUUCUUCUUCGUGCCGCACUACACCUCCUGCCUCAUCAACCACGCCGAUACCUUCAAAGGCUGCGACACCAAGCAGCUCUGCGAACCCACCACGCGUCUUUUCGAAGAGGUCCUGAGCACGUCCACCUCGUACCUCCAGAUGGAGGGCGGACAAAACCAUCUCUUUGUUUGGGGCUCCGGCAUGGGCGCCGAUGGGCCGUUCGCCACCUGGAGGAAGUGGGUGCCCAAUGCCAUCUUCAUGAUGACUGAGACGGAGCUCUGGAACCCCUACAAGGAUGUGGUGGAGCCUUCCUUCACGCGCUACAAGGACAUCCUGGUUCCGGGCCGCCUCACCGUGGAUGACAUGAUCGCCCUUGGGAAGAUGGCCCGGCCCCUGGACGAGCGAGACAAGUUGGGCCACUUCAUCGGCUGGCCCAGGCCUCCGCACCCUUCGGUGCUGCCGCCCGAGACCUGCCAAGACAGCAGCUGCUCCCUGAACGUCCGCUCCGUACUGCUGGCCCUCAAGGAGACGGAGCCUCUGUUCCACGUGGAUGUGGACGUGCCCUACGUGGAGUCCUUCCUGGGCUUGACCAGCUCCUUGUUCUGCUUCGUGCCUCGUGGCAAGAGCGCCUGGUCCUCACGAUUCUUCCAGACCUUCUUUGCUGGAUGCAUCCCGGUCCUGCUGAACGAUCGCUACGAGCCCCCCUUCGGCGAGUUUGUCGACCUGCCUUCUGCGGUGAUCAAGUGGCCCAUGACGCAGGUCGGCGGGUGA